CACAAUUGAAAUAAACUUCAUUAUAAUCAGUUGAUUGUCUUUUUUUAAUAUUUUUUCAUUGAUUGAAGAAAAUUAUUAACAUUUAAUUUUAAGUCAGUGUUGCAUUGUUUUGACAACUUUAUUGAAAUGGCCAGUACACUUAUUGCAACAGGCUUGGGUCUUGCUGUAGUAGGUUUUACAGGACGUUAUAUAAUUAAAAAAAUGCCACAUUUAUCUCAAAAAAUGGCAGAAGUUUAUAAAAAUGUACCAAAAUUAAAUCCAAAGACUUUAGCAAACAGUAAAUAUUAUAAAGGUGGUUUUGAAUCUAAAAUGACACGACGUGAAGCUAGUUUAAUCUUGGAUGUUUCACCAACUGCAAGUAAAGUGAAAGUAAAACAGCAAUUUAAAAAAAUCAUGGCUGUGAAUCAUCCAGAUCGAGGUGGAUCUCCAUAUAUUGCAGCAAAAAUUAACGAAGCAAAAGAUUUAUUAGAAAAAUAAUAGUUAAAUGUAUGAAUAUAAAUAGUGUACAUGAAAUUUAUUGUAUGUAGUUUUAUAAAUUUAAUUUCAAGUAAAUUUUUAUGUAUAUAUUUAAU